GAAACAGCCAGGAGCUCAAGCGCCAUCACGUGCUAGCGCACCACGCUAACGCACGCGACGCGUCAAACCUUCCUUCAUCUCCACCUUGCCGUCCUGACCACACUACACCUCAAUACGCAGCACCGUUCCCGCCUACCACCCACAAUCACCCAUCAGAACCACAGGACAUUGAAGCCAUACCCGGCGCUCUCAAAGUUUCUCCGCAGAAGAUCCUUCGAAAACUAGCUUCACAAUGGACCACCCUCAAACCCCCCGCAUCCUCGCCCCACACCUGUCAAACUUCCAACACCGCAUCGUGCGCAUGCUAGGCAAAGUCGUACAACUACGCGGCGAGACAGCAGUCAUUGAUGCAGGAGGCAAUGUUGAUGUCAUCCUGAACAGGGAUUCACACCUGGCCGUCGGUCACGCAGUAGAGAUCAUUGGCAAGGUGGACCAGAAUCUACAUGUCAAGGUGCAAGCUGCUACGGACUUUGGGACGAACAUUGACUUCAAUGCCGCAAAUGCUGUUGUAGAUGCUACACAUCGGUACAAGGAGAUCUUCUACGACGACAACUAAACAUCCACUGUCAAGAAGCAUUUGGGGAGGGAAUCGGUGGAUCACCCGUGACGAUGCAUUCGCAAGUGGAGAAAGGUCAUGAUUAGAUGUCAUACACAUAUCUGCAAACCAAUCGUAUAAAGACA